UUUUCAGUGUUUCUCAUUCAAACUAGUUUUUUCACAUACCAAACCAACCUUAACAUUCUCUCUCCAAAGUUCAUCGAUCUCCUUCUACCUUCCAGAGCCUCUCUCUUCUUGUUUUACUCUUCCAUCUCUGUAGCUAAUUUCCAGCAAAUGUCUGCAUCCGCUGCUUUCAGCUUUGAGCAUUGACAAGUCAGCUAAAAGCAAAGAAAACUUGUUUCAUCCAAUGGAGGCCUUAUCUCUGUUGGAGGAGGAAGUACUUGCGCAGGUGGAAAGCUGGAAGACUCUAUUGCCCAAAAUCAUUGCUGUACUUCAACAUGUGGAAGAAAAUCAUGUUGUCAACCAGUUUGUGAAGUCAUCUCUUGAUGAUCUUAGAGACUUGGCUUCUGACAUGGAGGACAUACUUGAAGAGUUUGUGAUUGAUGCUAAGAGGUCUGAAUUGAUUCCCAAUCAAGAGGUUAAUUCCAUGGUGAAGGAUCUAAGUGGUAGAUUGCAGAAAAUUGAUAAUGGGAUGCGUAGUUUGGACUUGAUCAAUUUGGCUUUGAAACUUGAAGAUAAGUCUCACAAAGUAACUACAAAAAGACUACCCAAGUCCUCACUUCUUGAGGACAAGGUGUUGGGUCGAGAUAGUGAUAAAGAUGCUAUUCUUCAGAGGUUGCUAGAAGAUGGGGGUAGUCUCGAGCAAGACUUUGUUAUUCCCAUCAUCGGAAUGGGUGGACUAGGCAAGACAACUCUUGUUCGGCUCAUUUACAAUGAUGAAAAAUUAGAAGGUAGAAAGCUUACUAAGUUGCCUACAACGAUUGGGAAUCUAAUUGAUCUCCAUCAUCUUGAUAUUUUUGAUACUUCAUAUUUACAAGAAAUGCCAUCAGGAAUAGGCAAUCUUAAAAAUCUUGUAACACUGCCCAAACUUAUCGUGGGGAAGGCAAGUGGAUUGAUGAGAUUAUCUGAUUUAAAGAACUUGUCGCAAGUUCGAGGAAGAUUGUCUAUUCUAGAUCUGCAGAAUGUCUUGGACAUUCAAGAUGCUAGGGAGGCCAAUCUAGACAAGAUCCAUGGUUUGGAAGAGUUAGUCUUGGGGCUUGUGAUUCAAAAUUGUCCUAAGUUGUUAGGCCAAUUACCCAGCAACCUUUCUUCACUUAAAGAGUUGGAUGUUAGAAGGUGCAAUGCAAUGUUAUUAAAGAGUAUGGGUGAUCUCACCUCGCUUGCUAAUUUGAGAAUUGAGAAAAUUUCAGAACUGACUUGCUUGCCUAUGAGUAUGAGUCUUCCAUCGUUAAAAGAGUUGUAUGUUGAAAACUGCAACAAGGUGCUUUUAAAGAGCAUGGUUGAUCUCACUUCCCUCACUAACUUGAGAAUACAGCAUAUUGUAGAACUGCCUUCCUUGCCUGAGAAUUUUACACAGUUCUUGACAACACUUGAGACUCUAUCUAUUGGAGAUUGCGAUGAUCUUACUUGUUUGUGGGAGGAAGGGCCAGAAGUAGAACAAAGCCUCUCACCUUUCAAUCUUAAACAUCUUAGUCUUAAGCAAUGUAAAGCUUUGGAGUCAUUACCUAAUGCAAUGCUGGUGCAAAUGGAUGGAAGCAGUAGCAGCAACACUGGUAUGUUGAUGUUGAGACUUGAAAAGUUUGAAAUUUAUGGUUGUGAUUCUCUCAAGUCUUUUCCAAGAGGCAGAUUACCUGUCACACUUAAAUACUUGAAAAUAGAAGGCUGUAAAGGUCUAGAGUCUCUACCGGAUGUGGAUGGUGACAAUAAUAGCAAUCUACAUUUGGAAAUAAGGAAGGUUCCAUGUUUGCAUUCUUCCAAGGGUUGUCAUCGGCUACCAACUUUUCUCAAGAAAUUUACAGUUAAUGAUGGUGGCGAGCGGUUGGAAUCAUUUCCAGAAAGGAUAGUGCAAUAUUGUACGGGACUCCAAUCCAUUAAAAUUGACAGCUGUAAAAUAUUGAAAAGUUUACCCAAUCUUGAUUGCAUCAGCAAUCUCGUUGAAUUAUAUAUUUAUAGUUGUGAAGUUUUAGAGUCCUUACCAGAAGAGUUGGGGUUAUACUAAUAAAGUCUCAACUUGUGAGGAUCAUUUUGUAGAACCUGCAGAAGGAAACAAAUCAAAUGGCAAUAAUGCUUUGGAGGAAAAUCAGCAAUCAAAGAAAUUGUAAAAU